CGAAAGCUGAGGUCUCCUCCUUUUCUUCUUCCAGCUUCUCUUUAGUGUUUCUCUGAAGAAGAGCCCUCCGUCGUCUGCGAUGGCCGCAUCGUCUCUCCUUCGAUCUACGUCCUGCACUUCCUUGAUCGAAGCCUAUCCCUUCGCUGCGACCUCUCUCUUUCAUCAUCCGAUCGUUUCAAGGUGUCAAGUAUUGGAUUUAGCCACAGUCUCAAAUCAUCAAAGACACAAUCAAGCAUCUUUGCCGCUUCGGUUUCGACUGGUUCUUCUUCCUUACAGUUGAGCAAACGCAUGGAAAUGCAAUUCGAGGUGUAUCCAACCUAUCAAAGCCACAGCUAUUGAAAUGCCUCCUACAGUUCAGAAAUCCCCCAGUGGUGGGAAAACAGAGAUGGGAAUCAAUGGUUUUGAUAGGAUUGGAAGGUUGGUUUUACGUGUAGCAAUUUUCAAAGAUGACAUUGAUGUGGUAGCAGUCGAUGAUGCUUUCAUUGAUACUAAAUACAUGGCUUACAUGUUUAAGUAUGAUUCAACUCACGGAGUUUUUAAGGGAACCAUCAGAGUUGUUGAUGAGUCUACCCUGGAAAUUAAUGGCAAGCAGAUGAAAGUUAUAGGCAAAAGAUAUUGCACUGGACCCAGCUGAGAUCCCUUGUGGUGAUUAUGGUGCUGAGUUUGUUGUUGAAUCAUCUGUAGUUUUUACAACAAUUGAGAAAGCCUUAGCUCAUAUGAAGGGUGGCACCAAGAAAGUUAUAAUUCCUGCUCCCUCAGCUGAUGCACCUAUGUUUGUGGCCGGAAUAAAUGAGAAAACAUACAACCCAAGUAUGGACAUUGUUUCUAAUGCAAGUUGUACUACCAAUUGCCUUGCUCCUUGCCGAGGUGGUUCAUGAGGAAUUCGGUAUUGUAGAGGGCUUGAUGAGAACCGUGCAUGCUACCACCGCAACCCAAAAGACCGUCGAUGGCCCUUCAAUGAAGCACUGUCAAGGGGGCCAACGAGCUGGGCAAAAUAUCAUUCCUAGUUCAACUGGUGCUGCAAAAGCUGUUGGAAAAGUUCUGCCAGCACUAAAUGGAAAGCUUACUGGAAUGACCUUCCGCGCGCCUAUACCCAAUGUCUCUGUUGUGGAUUUAACUUGCAAACAUGAAAAGAGUGCUUCAUAUGAGGACGUUAAAGCAGCAAUAAAAUUUGCAGCUGAAGCGCCACUUAAAGGUAUUCUUGGCUACACAGAUGAGGUUGUUGUCUCAAAUGAGUUUGUUGGGGACUCAAGGUCAAAGCAUAUUUGAUGCAAAAGCUGGAAUCGGGUUAAACUCUUCCUUCAUGAAGCUUGUUUUAUGGUACAAUAACGAAUGGGGUUACAGCAACCGAGUACUUGACCUAAUAAAGCACAUGGCAUUGGUAGCAAUACCCCGAAACUAAAUAUGAAAGAGACAAGUUCUGUUGCUGCUGGCCAACUCUGCGAUUUUAGCACCUCCUAGAUG